CUUACUCACCUCGAACUCCUCACAAGGGCUGCCAAGCUACCGACGACUGUUUCGGGACUACAAUUAGGGUUUGCUCGAUUGCGCGCUGCGCAGCUUAACCCGCCGCUACCAGGCUGCUAAGCCUCAGUGACGUCGACCGUGACAAAAUAUGAUGAGCCUCAGCGCAAGAGCGGCUUUUCGCGCGCCCCUCAGCCAUCAUCGGCCGCGCCCCCAAGCCUACCCCCGGGCUGUUGUCACGCCGUGCGCAAGGAUGCAUAUCCCUGCGGAUUCUUUUUCGGGGGCUUCGCCAGAGCGUAAAGCUGCUGUAGCCCUGCGGUCGCUGUUCACGUUUGUUGCAGCUCGGGUGGUGCUGGAGCAGCUGCAGGGCCCCGGCGGCCCUGAGACCACCUACAACCAGCAGGCAUACCUAGACCUGAUGGACUUCCUGGGCACGCCCAUGAAGGGCGAUGGCGGCGACGAGUGGAUGGCCGCUGUCAUGAGGAAGAACCACGCUUUGGCCCUGCGCCUGAUGGAGGUGCGCGAGGCCUACCUGGACGAGUUUGAGUGGGGAAAGACCAUGGAGAUGGCCAGCCGCGAGACGCGCGAGGCCAACACACGCCUCAUGCGCGCGGCGGCCAUGGCCAGCCUGCAGGCGUCUCUGACGGAGCCGGUGGGCGGCGGUGCCGGCGCCGGCUGCAUGUCUAUGGAGGACCUGGACGGCCCCGGCAAGGGUGCCGCGUGAUGGGCGGGAACGGUGCUGCGAGCCCACGUGUCCGUAGGGACAGACCAAGCGCAUGCGUGUGGCAUGCGGCUGAGAUUCGAGCUACCUGCGUCACUCCGGUAGUAUUCUGUUGGUUGUUGUGUUUGCAUGAAGAAACACUUUGCUCGCGGGGUCUAGCGGGGUGGUGUGUUGUCAUGCAGCCGCCCCAUGACGCGAUCACGGCUGGGCACAGCAGCCGGGCAUGUACCGUGCAGUUUAAUCGCCUUUGAGCUAGCCUGCCACGCUUAACAUGCGUUGGUAUGACGCCGCCGAGCGGCGUUGCUGUAUCACUAUCACCGCGUGGCGAUGCCCUUGUGUUGUGAAAACAGCGGCAUGUUCCCUAUUGAGCGCCCGUACACGUGUAGGUAAGACCGAACACCUGUUUAAUUACAUGACGUUGGACGUGUUUGAUGCUGCUGGCCGUUUCAAUGCACGGCAUGUACUAUUUUCGGGACCGGACAGGAGUGUUGCUUGCGCCGUGCCUGUAUGGUAUGCGUGCGCCGUGCCUGUGUGCUAUGCGUGCGUGCAUUGUGACGAACUAAAGAGCUAAAGCAGCGUGCAGCACAGCACUGUUGCACCAGCUGAUUAAUAUUAUCCCCGAGAGGAGUUGGUACGCGUUGUGGUGCGCGUUGUACAGGCGUGGCCGUGUGUUACAGAGUCAGUGAAAUUAGUGGUUACGUGUCAUUUCUGUUGGUGGUGCAGUACGGUACUCGGUUUCACGGGCUUUUGUGCAACUUCAAUUGAACUGGUCAGGGUUAUGUCAUUGACGCAUCAGCCCGCCGUGCUGCCGUCGCUAGCCUAGACGUAGGGAUUCUGGGCGUCCGCAGAGACCGCAUAAAAUUGCCGUGACGCCUUGCAACGCCCGGCGCAAGGCGCAGUCGAAAUUCAUUGUUAGGAUUCAAUGGCUUUCGCGUAGGCAUGCCCUGUGUCCGUGCGAGGAAGGGCUAAAUUGCUCCUGGUGGUACAUCGAAAGCAGUCCUCAGUCUACAGUACCCUUCCGAUGAUGCGCAUCGCACGCGCAGGUGUUGUUGUGGCUGUUAGAGAUAGAUUGACCCAAACGAUUGCGGUGUGUGGCAACUGGCAAGACACUGCACCCUAUGUCAGGCAAAACCACCCCUGGGUGAAAUCAUGUCGCCGUGUAAGGUCCCCGCGUG